AUGGUGAGCGCCCCGACCUCUCGCUUGUCUGCCAUCCUUUCUGGCGCGAACCUUUGUUAUGCUUACCGAGCAGAGAAAUGUGACACACCUAUUCUGACUGUCGACGUUCGGACCGCAAGGGUGGAAGCAUUCCGCCAUCCCAUAUUGUCGCCUGCAUUCACUACGAGAUUCAUGGGCGUAUUUAGUCGAGGCGGUGCACCCACCUGGCCUUCGAUCCUCAUGGUGCACGAGUGUUUAUCGGUACGGGGCAGCGGGGCUGUCGUUAUUCGCGACUGGGAGCUUGCAGCCGCCAUUGAGGGAAUCAUAGAAACUAUACUUCUGCGCCACCCCAUCCCUGGCCUGGAAAUUACGUACAAGCAUAUGCGAGCGGCAAGAUCACAACUGCCCCAUGACGCGGCUGCCUACGAGGACGGCUGUCAAUACGACGCCACCUAA